UUUGGGGGGCAAACGUGUUGCUAGCCAACCAAAUUACGUCAGUCAGUAGAGACCAGAUUACAACAAAGCAAUGCAGCUCCAUUAGACCUUUAAAGAACAAACUAUUUUAAGUUAGAAUUCAACCCAAGAAGAAAUUCUAACGCAAUAUUCACCACAGCAGACAUGGCGCCAAUAUUCUCACUUGCCGCUUCUGCUUUUUUUGGGAGCCUAUCUGCCGCUGUGGAGCAGGCGAAAACAUGGGGAAGAAUCAAGUGGGUGUCACUGAAAGAGGGACAGAAAAUAGUUAAAGAACAAGGUAAACCAGCAAUGAUCGUAUUCCACAAACCUUGGUGCCGCGCCUGCAAAGCUCUGAGGCCCAGAUUUGCCAACAGCCGAGAGAUUGAACAGAUGAGCAAUGACUUUGUAAUGAUCAGUGUUGAGGAGGAGGACUUGCCUAAGAACUCAGAGCUAAGUCCUGAUGGCGCGUACAUCCCCAGGAUCAUAUUUCUUGAUCCAGAGGGUAAAGUCCUGACUCAUGUGUUUAACCAGAAGGGUAACAAACAGUACAGAUAUUACUAUGCCGAGACGAACUCAAUCAUUGAGAGCAUGAAGUCAGUGUUGACUCAAACUGGGGCACGUCGGAGUACUACAUCAUAGGGAACAAAGCCCGCCUCUUCUAAAUCUGGCACCAAAAAUUAAG